CUUUCACACCUGUUGCUCUCUGAUAUUUUACUUAACCUGCUCCGGAGCAGGUAGAUCUACUGCACAGGUUAUCAUAGCGAUUUAUGUCGGUAAUAAGUGAGCCACCUUCAUAGGCCACGGAAGUCACCCGGAUAAACCCAGACCUUGCUUCGUAGUAGGAGUAGAUCUUUGACGUCGUUAUGGCAUCUGCUACACGGAGAAACAAUGAGACCUCGUUAGACGAAUGUCAGUCAUCGAGCAAGAUGCCGCGGAAUGACAAGAGUCACAUAGCAGCUUUAAUUUUAGCUCGAGGUGGGAGCAAAGGGAUCCCGCUGAAAAACAUCAAGAUGCUGGCCGGGGUCCCGCUCAUCGGGUGGGUGCUGAGGGCCGCCGUGGACUCGGGAAUGUUUGACAGUGUGUGGGUAUCAACGGACCAUGAUAAAAUUGAGGAAGUUGCAAAGGCAUGGGGUGCUCAGGUGCACCGGAGGAGUCCUAAAGUCUCCAGAGACUUUUCCUCAUCAGUAGAAACCAUCCAAGAGUUUCUUGAGCACCAUAAAGAGGUGGAUAUAGUUUGCCACUUCCAGGCUACAUCACCCUGUCUCCACCCGUUCCAUGUGAAGGAGGCCUUGGAGAAAAUCACGGUGCACGGUUAUGAUUCAGUCUUCGCAGUGGUCAGGAGACACCAGUUUCGCUGGAAGGAGGUUAAAGAAAGAUCUGGUGAGAAAACAGUGCCAUUCAAUCUGGAGCCAGCCAAACGGCCGCGGCGUCAGGACUGGCCAGGGGAGCUGUGUGAGAAUGGCUCAUUUUACUUCGCCAAAAAAGAGAUCAUUGAAAAGGAAGGACACUUGCAGGGCGGUAAGUUAACCUACUAUGAGAUGCUGCCGGAGUACAGCGUAGAUAUAGACGUGGACAUCGACUGGCCUGUGGCAGAACAGAGGGUUCUCAGGUACGGUUACUUCGGUAAGGACACACCAGAGGUGGUCCGCCUAAUGUUCUGCAACAUUUCCGGCUGUUUAACUGAUGGAAAGAUCUUUAUGUCUGUGUCGGGAGAGGCAAUGGUGUCUGUCAACCCCAGAGACACAAAUGGGCUUCGGAUGCUGCAGGAAGAACAAGUUGAGGUCAUACUGUUGACCACAGAGAAAGACCCCAUUGACCCAGCUUCGCUUCAAAAACUUGAAGAUAGGAUGAUGUGCAAGGUCGAGAAGGUGGGAAAGGAGCCGCUGAAUGAUUUGCAAUCAAUCGUUGAGAAGAAGAAGCUGGAAUGGAAGGAUGUGGCGUUCAUGGGUUUUGAUCAAGCAGAUGUGAAAUGCCUGAACCUGGCAGGGCUGAGUGCAGUACCGGGCGAUGCUCCAGCUGUGGCUAAAAAGGCUGCAAAGUACAUUUGCCAUUGUGCUGGGGGAUCGGGAGCUGUGAGGGAUUUCACCGAGCACAUUCUGCUGCAGAAGCAAAUGGCAAAAUCUCAGAGGGAUCACGACCGCAUCGACCGCCACAACUUCUAAUCUUAAAAGAAGUCUACAUGGAAAAGGUUGAGAGUAAUAAAACAAAACGAUGCACAUGCAUGUUAGAAAUAUUGAGGCCAGAUUUACAGUAGCCCACCCUCUUUCAAUCUAAGGUUUUGUAUAUCAGGACAUGAAAAAAGUCAUGUGGUCUGUACAUAAACACAAAACACAUUAACACAUUAUAAAACACUUUUGUUUUAAAAAAUAAACUACAAGGAAACUGUUCCCACUAAAGGUCCAAACAACAAACUUGUUGCACCAAAAAUGUCAUUUUUUUUCACUAUGGCUAAGCAAUGUACUUGACCUCUUAGGUUCUCAAAAUUGUGGUCAUUUUUAACACUAAUAGAAGGUUUUUUCGGUUGAUUUAAUAAACCUGGUCAAAAAUA